GAGGGCCAGUCCUCGGCCAACGGCCCGUCCCGCGAGAGCGUCAAGCAGCCGCCAGCCACCAUGGGCUACCCGAAGCUGCGCGCGGGCUACAUCCCCAUCCCCGUGGUCCACGAGGGCGCCGGCGGCCGGCAGCAGCAGCCGCCUCUGCGGGGACCCUACGGCCGCGCCGAGUCGCCCGCGCGGGGACCCGCCGAGGCCGAUAAACAGUGUGGACAGACACCGGCAGCUGCGGCAGCGCCGGCUCCAGCGACGCCCGGCCCCGAGCCUCAGUCUCCAGGAGCUUCUGAUUCACCAACGGUUUCCCCUCACUCAUCUGGCAGAUCCAACACAGGAAGCCACCAGCUUCCUCGUGGUUAUAUUCCAAUUCCUGUGAUCCAUGAAAAUGUCCAAAGGCAGCCGGCUCAGGUCUAUCACCAGGCCCAGAAGACACACUACCCUGCCCAGCAGGGCGAAUACCAAGCCCACCAGCCAGUGUUUCACAAAAUCCAGCCGGACGACAGGGAGACGGCCCGAGCCCAGUCUCCCUUCCGAAUGUCUCAGAAAGGUUCCUCGAGUCGGGAGAGCUCCCCGGCCAGAGUCAGCGCCCAGAUCCAGCCCCCAGCUCCUGUGCGGGUGCACACAGUUGUAGACAGACCCCAGCCACCAAGACCAUCCCCACCAAGACCAUCCCCACCACCUGAGAGCAAAACAGAAGUGAAAGCAGCCCCACCACCCGCUCCUGAGAUGCCUUCAACGUAUAUCCCGGUUCAGGUCACUCGCCAGGAGCCAGAUUCUAAACCGCCACCCCAGAAGCCUCCAGCCAUGGCAGAGAAAGCCGAGAAGAAGGUUCCCUGCCCGGCUAAGAUCGUGCCCCCCCAGGAAAGGCCCGUUCCCGAGGAACCUGCCCCAGCGAAGACCGUGGAAACGGGAGAACCUCCAAAGCAUCCUGGCGUUUUGAAAGUGGAGGCAAUUCUGGAGAAAGUACAAAUGCUCGAGCAGGCAGUCGACUCAUUUGAAGGCAAGAAAAACAAUAAAAAAUAUUUGAUGAUUGAAGAAUAUUUGACCAAAGAGUUGCUAGCCCUAGACUCUGUGGACCCCGAGGGUCGUGCAGAUGUGCGCCAGGCCAGGAGAGAUGGUGUAAGGAAGGUCCAGAACAUUUUGGAAAGACUUGAACAGAAAGCAGAAGAUGUCCCAGAGCCUGUUCAAGUUGAUGGACUUCAGUCAACCUUGCCAGAGCCUAAGCCAGCACAGGAGAUCAUGGAAAUCGAACCCUUGGUAAGCAAGAGCGAGGAAGAGCCAAGUAAUAGAGAUGCUAAAGAGGAAACCAAAAUGGAAAGACAUCAGCCUGAAACUAAGGAAGAAGUGUUUACCAAUCUCGCCACCACGACAAACACACCUAACAAUCCUACUGAACCAUAGCCACAUGCUGAAGUUAAAAGCUCUCAGACUUUAUAACUUAAAGUGUGUUUAAGUGAAUUUUAAGUUGCAUGCAUUUCCAGAGCUCUUUUCAACUGGUUUUUAAUCAACAUAGCAGCUUGGGACACAGUAAACACUUUGUGGGGGAAGGAGGGAGUUAGAAAGAAAGUAAUGCAUAUAUCUUUUAUUCCUACACUACGUAAAAAUGUUUCAACAGCAAACCCUGUAUUUUAAUCACUUUUAGGUCAGCUGAAUGCAAGAAAAGAAUUUUUUAAAAGAACAAUUUCAGGGUUACUGUUGCUGAGUGUGGUAUUAGGGUGUAUUCUUACGCAGGGGAUUUUUGUAAAAUCAAUGCCCUGCCUUGUCAGAACACCAGUCCUUCUAAGUGUAGCCACUCCAAUGGUAACAUUUUCUUUUUAAUGUUCACAGUUGGGCACUUUAAGUAACGAUGGAUAGAAAGUGUGUAAGAAACUGUGGGGAUAUUUAUAUGUGUGGAGGACUUCAAUGCUAUAUUUUAGGAGGGAAAUAAAAUAAUAUAGAAGCCUAA